AUGCAAAAAGAGAGGAACAACGACUUGAACCAGUUUAGGGGCUGUCAGUGCAUAUUAAAUUUACGAAUGCGACGGAAACGAGAAUCAGGUAGGGACCUUAGUCUGCGGGGAAGACAUUGCGGGCCUGGUCCGAUCUGCGGAGCCAUGGGCCUAAUACUCGAGGCUGCAGCCGAGGAGGCUACUGCAAGGAGUGAUGCAUCCACUAGCGAUUCUGAAACAGAGGGACUUAGACAACGGAGGCCGGGCGAUGCGGAGGUGUUGGCACAGGAGCCUCUAUGGGUGCCUCCUAGAAGGGUGAACAGUCGGGAACUAGUGGCGAAGCAUGUGAAGAAGAUUCGAAUGGAGGCUGCGAAGAAUGUGGAGAAGAUACAGCACCACACGGAAGAGCAUGAUCGAUUCUACACCAAGUUGACGUACUCCCUGGGCGUACUGUGCUUUGGCUUGUUCUGCUUCCUGGUGGGAGCAAAGCCGCAAGUCAUCCCCUACUUUUACUGCUUCUUCCUGUUCGUGGCCCUCCCGCUGCGGUGGAUGUACUACAAGGCAAAGAAGUGGCACUACUUUCUCUUGGACUUUUGCUACUAUGCGAACGCCAUUUUUGUCUUCCUCCUGCUCGUCCAGCCGGACAACGAGCGCCUCUUCAUGAUCUGCUUUGCAUUCUCCGAGGGUCCGCUGGCGUGGGCCAUCAUCGUGUGGCGGUGUAGCUUGGUCUUCAGCUCGCUAGACAAGAUCGUCAGCGUGCUCAUCCAUCUCCUACCAGGCGUGGUGCUGUUCAUCAUCCGGUGGUGGGACCCCUCCAACUUCUCGCACCACUCCCCCGACGAGUUUGGCCCGUGGGGCCACGGGCACACGCCGUGGCCGGUCGUUGAGGACACGCGCAAGGUGUGGACGUGGCUCUUCACGGUGCCGCUCAUCGUGUACUCCGUCUGGCAGGCGCUCUACUGGAUCAUCGUGGAGGUGCUCCGCAAGCAGCGCCUGCUGCGGGACCCCCAGGUCCUCACCAGCUUCAGGGAGCUGUCGCGCAAGGCGGAGCGCGCCAACAACCUGUUCUGGUGGGCGAGCGGGCUGCUGGGCGAUGCGAACCGCGUGGUGAUGUAUGCCAUCCUGCAGGGCCUGUUCACUAUCGCCACCAUUGCGCUCACGCUGCCCAUGUUCGUCAACUACCGCUUCCACGUCGCCUUCCAGAUCUUCAAGAUCGUCACCUCCGUCUGGAAUGGUGGCGGGUACUUCUUUGACGUCAUGCCCCGCCAGAUCGUGACGAAGGACGAGAAGAGGAAAGCCCUCAAAUCGAAGCAGGGCGACGCCGCCAAGGAUACCAUCUCUCAGCCGAACUCUCCGGGAGAGGUUUGCCAAAAGUGCGGAUCGCUCCACAGCAGCGCCUCCAAGGACAGCUUGAACGGAAGCUUGAGUGGGAGUGGGGAGUUGGAGACGAAUGGGGACGGGUUGAAAGGCCAGAUGGAUGCCGAGAUGAAGCUUCGACUAGGAAACGGAAAGUCGGAGGAGGAGGCGAAGGGGGAGAAGGUCCUGGGUAAGAACGGCGUAGAGAACGGGAACGGCUUGCACCAAAGGAGCAUCGCACGCGCGAACAGCUGUGGAACAGAGAGUGGGGACAAGGUGUCGGUGGAGAUGAAUGGGAAGGGGUCAAGUCUGGGGCUGGCUAGGUAGGAACUGAUACCAAAUAUGUUUGUCAGUUUCGCAGCUCAACCUGACCAUGGUCGAUGUCGACAAUGAGGGGCAUUCGCGUGGGUUGAGUGCGAUGCUUUUGGGUUAUCAUAGUCUGGGAUAUUCGAUAAGGGUGCGCCAGCCAAAUAGGAAGAACAGGUUGCUGAGAGUCGGAUAGAGUAAGCGGACAUACGCAAGGAAGGUUUUUAAGUGAUGUAUAUACUAUACCUCAUACUAGGCAUGCUCAAAAGCAUGCAGCAAGCAAAGUUUCGAUUCCGGUUUGUCACAGAAGCUGUUCUUAUCAAGUGCAAUCUGCUUCGCAGGGC